UUUCUCUGUGUUAACUUAGCGUUAAAAUGGGAAGGUCCAAGUGCUGUGAUAAAGAAGGUUUAAAGAAAGGGCCAUGGACACCAGAAGAAGACCAAAAACUCUUGUCUUGCAUUGAGGAACAUGGUUGUGGUAGCUGGCGUGCUUUGCCUGCUAAAGCUGGUCUGCAGAGGUGUGGGAAGAGUUGUAGGCUAAGAUGGAUCAACUAUCUAAGGCCAGAUAUCAAGAGAGGAAAGUUCAGUUUACAAGAAGAAAGAACUAUCAUUCAGCUUCAUGCUCUUCUUGGAAACAGAUGGUCAGCAAUAGCAGCUUACUUGCCUAGCAGAACAGACAACGAGAUAAAAAACUAUUGGAACUCACGUUUGAAGAAGAGAUUAACGAAAAUGGGCAUUGACCCAAUGACUCACAAGCCAAAAAUCACAAACAACAUUAAUGGUAGCUCAAAUGAUCAAUCUAAGUAUGUUGCAAACCUUAGUCAUAUGGCUGAAUGGGAAAGUGCAAGACUUGAAGCAGAAGCAAGACUUGUUCGUAGAUCAAAAGAUCACUCUAAAUUCCUCUUCAAUAACACUCGCAACAACAACAACAACAACUACGUCGUUUCGCAACCUUAUUAUCAACUUCCUUGUCUUGACAUAUUAAAAGCAUGGCAAAGAGCAAGCACAAAAUUACCAACAACAAAUGACAUUAGUUCUAUUCUUCUUGAUGGUUUUGCUAACAAAAACCUCGAAUCAUCGAUACCAUCAACAUUAAAUUCCUCGGAAAAUUUGUUGAUGAACAAUAAUGUACCAAAUACUACAAAAGUUGGUGAUCAAAAUCUUCCUUUGUCUACAAUUACUUGUUUGGAAAAUCCUUGCCCAACAAAAGAUGUCCAAACAGACCUUCCAAGUUUUAUUGAAGAGUUCUCAGAGUUAUUUGAUCCUGAAUAUACACAAAAUUCAGCAAAUAAUUUUACUGGAGUACAAAUGGAUAAUUUUUUGGGGAGUUGCUCAGGGGAUUUUGAAGAUAACAAGUUUAAUUCGAACAACUUCCCUUAUUUGGUUACUUCACCAAUUGGUUCUCCAGUAUUCUGA